GUGCGGACGGCCAACGAAACAUGAAGAGAUGGAUAUCAGGAAGAAACUGGUGAUAGUUGGGGACGGUGCAUGCGGAAAAACCUGUCUUCUAAUCGUUUUCAGCAAAGACCAGUUUCCUGAAGUCUAUGUUCCUACAGUGUUUGAAAGCUAUGUGGCAGACAUUGAAGUAGAUGGAAAAAAGGUGAUGCUAGCGCUUUGGGAUACAGCAGGUCAAGAAGAUUACGAUCGACUGAGGCCUCUCUCGUACCCAGACACAGAUGUUAUUCUCCUGUGCUUCUCUGUGGACAGCCCUGACAGUUUAGAUAAUAUUCCAGAAAAGUGGAAUCCUGAAGUGAAGCACUUUUGCCCAAAUGUUCCCGUUAUCCUGGUGGGGAACAAAAUAGAUCUUCGCAAUGAUGAGUACACCAGACGAGAACUUGCCAAAAGAAAGCAGGUGCCACUUACAUAUGAAGAUGGCAAAGAGAUGGCAAGUCGCAUCAAUGCCUUCAGCUACAGAGAGUGCUCUGCCAAAACCAAAGAAGGCGUGAGGGAACUUUUUGAGAUGGCAACUUGGGCAGCGUUGAAGGUCAGCAAAAGGAGGAAGGAUGGCUGUGCACUGUUAUAGGCUCUGUGGAAGGAUAAAGCUUUCUUUCUCUACCAGUCAUGAAUGUAAAUUUGUAAGAGUGCAAUUACACCUUGUACUGUACAUGUAAGAAAAGACCUUCAACAAUGACCUAAGGCCUUGUUAUAUACCAAAGAUAUAUGUUGACUACUUUUCUUGGCUCAGAUGUUUGGUGAAAUUAAAAUUAASUUUUAUUUUCCUGGGAGAUCUUGAACAAAAACCGGAAGCUCAGUUAUGUCUCAGUUAUGUUCUCGAUCACAAUAAUGAAGGUUUUAGGACAUUUUGUGGACCAAGUAUUGAUUUGAUUGCAUUAUUUGGUGGGAUAAAUCACAAGUAAUAAGUUACUAUGGUUUACAUACUUUCAUUCAGGUGAUAGGCUUAUCUUUUUACUUUUCUGUUCAUUAUGUACUGUAUGACUUACAAGGCCUUGAAAAUAUAGUAAUAUUGUUUAUUGCAAGUUUGCCUUUUACUUCCUUACCUCUUUGAGUGACAUUGUCAUUAUUGUAUUUUGUAACUUUUGAUUUUUCACGUCUAAAAUGUUACAGUAUAUUUAGCCUAGUAAUUUUAUGAGAUAAAAUCUUGUUUUUGGCAUUAUUUCUAACAAUAGAAGGUGCAGAUCGGGGUGCUGAUUUGGAAGGUUUUGGGGGCUAGUCUCCUAAAAGUUAUUUUCUAUUUUGAAUUUUUAUGUUUUUAAUUUUAUACAAAAAGCUGGUCUUAGGGUUUCUUUUAUUUCGUUUUGAUAAAACUGUUUGUUACUGUUUUCAACAGUGUUGGAUAUAUAUAUUUGUGACACUCCUUGUUUACUUUUUCCUCCAAAUAAAAAUGUGCAGUCCUUCUAAU